AUGGGUAACUGCCUUGAAACUUUAAGUGAUUGUAUUAAAGGUAGACCAAAAGAAAGAGGGUAUACACUUGGUGCCACUGAUGUAAGUGAAACUCCAACGAGAAGUGAUGAACGUGAAGGUUCGUCUAGGUCAGCAGCGGCUGAAGCCGCUGAAAAAAGAGCUCAACAAGGUGGCGGAAAGCUAAGCAAAAGGUUGGAUGAACGACAAAAAUCACCUAUUGGAUCAGAUGAACACCCUCCUGAUUCGAACCUUGAGUGGAGACAAGAUUAA